AUGUUCCCCCUGCAGUGUCCCCAGCAAUGUCCUCCGGCCGAUUCCGGCAUCUGUCUUCUGGGUUCCAUUCCCUGCCAUGUCGGGACGUACGGGGGAUGGAACUGACAGGAAAUUUAAAAAUGUCAAAAAUAAAACAUUACUGUAUCAAAGCAUUUCACAUACAUUUUGUCCUUACUGCUUUGUCCUGUGCCCUGCCUGCAUUUUUACUGUUCUUUCUGCCUGUAAACUGAGAAACAUCCAUGGCGUCCAAAAAGUGUCCCUUUAGAUCAAAAUCGGUUUUAGACCAGCUAGAGAACAGCAAUAGUAAAUUAGGACAGAUUUCAG